GAUUUUGCUUAAGUCUAUUCCGCGAAUUUCCUCACUGAUAACAUCUUAGUCUAAUUGCACCUUAUCGGUUCCUAUAAAAGAGUUGCGAAUGUAAAUAAAAGAUGCUAUCUUCCGUUGAGUCAAAUAAAGUGUGGAACAAUUUUAAAGAAAAUGCAUCCAGGUUUUGUGAUUUCAGCGAUUCUUCUAUCACUGCUGACAGUUUGUAGGGCCAACUGUGGAGACCAUUUAGAAGGAUCGACAUUCAGUCACCCCCAGGACCCAGCAGGAUUUUUUAUGUGCCACAAUGGAAUCUUGUACUAUCUUUUCUGCCCAGAUGGAUUAACAUUUGAUCCCAUUGGAAAUAAGUGUAGUGAUACCAGUUGUACUAGCAAAUCCGAUAACACAAUGUUUCCAAAGUCUGGAGAUUGCUCAGGAUUUAUUUUAUGUGAAAAUGGUGUGUCGAAGGAGGGCAAAUGUAUCGGUAACAGGAAAUUUGAUCCUGACCAUGGAUGCCUCGCAAAAGUAUUUUGUACAUAGUACUCAGAGUGAUCCCAAAAUUUUUAAGUGAUAAAUUUGUGAAAGUGUGAUGCUAAUCCAUAAAAUCAUUGCAAAUAAU